CGACCACUGCUUUAGAAAUGGCAAUGGGUUUGGACAGGGAGUGAUACCCCCUUUUUUUUUUUGGCGAUGAAAGGUUGAAUGUCGACCAGGGAUCAGCAGCAUCACUACCCCCACCACUGCGCACAAUCAUUUUAGGGCGAGUUGAGGUUCACGAACUUCAUCCGAUCACCCCGCCAUCAAUUGCGCCAUGGCAACCCGUCGACUGAACCCUUUCUUUAUCCCUACAGCACGGUCCUUCCUAUCUAUUCCUUUGGUCCUCGCACGAUCAGGUCCAUGCUCGAAUCGAUCCGUGCACAUCCGAGCUACCCCAUCAACCACUGCGCUCGACGGGUUUCUAGACUUGUCGGAACAGACACAAUCUAUCCCGAAACUUAGCGGGGCUGGACCUUUUCCUGCCGGUAUGUUAGUUGGGGGAGCUGGGUAUUUAUAUUUCUGUCGGUGUGGGACUAAUUGAUUCUGGUUGAUGUUUAGAUGUAAAAUUCGAAGUCUUGGGAGCUCCAUAUUCGCUGCUCUCUGUGGCCUUACCGGCAUCCUCGGUAUUGUACUCACGGAGAGGAACUUUAGUUGGUGUCAAUGGCAGGGCAGAUAAUGUAAAAGACCCCACUCUUCUCCUGCAUUUCUUGAGGGCGAAUCACCGACGGAUAAUGUUCGUAGGCAGUCUCAACUCUAUCGUUACUGGAGCCCAUUCGACGGGCAUUUCUCCGGAUACCAUUCCUCUAUCAAAAGGUCAGCCUCUCACAAUCUAAAUCGGUCAUUAAGUGUGCAGUCAAAUGUUAAGGAAUUGUUGGUUAUAGAUAUCCUCUACUUCCCCACUCACAUGCCUAAUAUCAACAAACUCACCCAAUACAACCUUCGGCGUCAUCGAAUUGGAUGGAAAAGCCGACUGGAUGGUUACCCAGAACGAUGCAUUGCUAGCAUGGACCGGCCAUUCAAUAUCUGCAAAACCCAGUGUCAGCCCAAGAAUGGUAUCCCACCUCGAUAUCUCUUCCUAAAGUAGCGGGAACGAGGAGGUUGCUAAUAAUCGAAGAGUCUCGCCCACUGGGGAAAUUCCAAGCUCACGGGUAGAGGUCUGGUCGCACUAGUGGGUCGGGGGCAAAUCUACCAAGUCACCCUAAGGGCCGGCGAGGAAUUCGUCGUACAUCCUGGGAGCCUCUUAGCGUAUUCUAUCAACACAGAAUUCGGACCAGUGCCUUACAGGCUCCGCUCAGCAUCAAUACGUCUUCAAGUCCCGCGGCUCAAUCUUGACCGGUUGCUCCUCCAGAUUGAGUUUAUUAGGGCCAUGCAUAACUCUGAGGUGUCCAAGACUAUCUCUAAAACCCUCUUUGCGUUUAGGACUUGGUUGAGGCGCACAAUAUGGGGCGAUAGGGUGAGUCCAAUUCUCCCUCUAGGCCCAGGAUCCUCUAAUGUGUGAUAUACAGCUCUUUGUGCGAUUCCAAGGUCCUGGGACAAUUCUACUUCAAUCAAGAUCGGCGCGUAUUUCUGAUAUUCUCGGGCCCCAUGAUGUGAACGAAGCGGCCGCCGUUGAACCCGGAGCUGUUGAGCCCUUGGAACAUAUUGGUGGAGCUACUGUUGGGUCGGCGUCAAAAUUUCCUAGCAAGCCUUUACUUCCGGCCAGUAAUUCAGCCGCGGACCACAAAGGUCUGAAAGUGGUUACAGUGGGGAAAGAUGGGAAGGUGGAGUUUGAGGAUUCGGAUUUCAAGGACUUUACAAGGAACUAGUAAGGGGAAUAUUAGACUACUUAAUUCUCUGUAACAUAUGCAUUCAGGCUUUUGCGAGAUGGCUAAGGCAGCACCAACAAUCUAUCCAGACCGCCUUAAAAAAAAAAAGGAAGGGAUAUGAUAGCAUCUCCACAUAACUUUUAACAGGUCAAAACUAGCCUUUUUUAUAUAUAUGUAUAUUCUACGGCAAUGUAAACUGGUCGUAGAAACCUACAGUAUU